AUUACUAGUUCGCAGUACUUUUCACAAUGGCAGACUAUGAUGACGAUAAAGAUGAACGUAAUCCAUUCUGCUGUGCGAAUGAUAAAUGUGAGUGUGGUGGGCUCUCUGACAUGAGCAUAUCGACAAUUCUCAAGUUCAAUCCUCUAUACAUGGAUAUUCAACCAUCAAAAUUCAUUCUGUCACCAGAUGCUGAUAAGCCAACAAAGUAUGUGAUCAAGUGUCUAUCGAAAGUUAAGCAAGAAGUUAUUGUGAAUAUGUACAGUUACAUAUUUGAAAUUCAAAAUAGUCGCCACAAAUACGGUGUCUUCACUCAAUUCUAUCAUGUUUUUGAGCCAGGACAAACGAUGGAUCUCAUUAUUGGAAUAAGGGCUUCUAAAGAUCUCUCAUUCACGGAACUGGCCUUGGAACACUUGAUGAAUCCAUUCGGAGUCCUUCAAAUCUCCCAUUAUCGUUCAUGGAAAAAAGAUGAUAGUGAUAAGGAAUGGUUCAAUAAAAUCAAUGGUCGUGCGUGUAUUCACAAGUUGGACAGAAAUUACUAUGGUCAUUGGGAGGUGAAGCUUGCGGUGGAACAUGAGACUGAUGACAUUAAAGAUCGCAAAAAGGUGUUUGCAGUCAAACUGCUCAAAACAGUCGAGAAGAAAGCCGAUGAGAUUCGUGAGAAGAAGAAGAAAGCGUUUCCGCUCAUGUUGAAAGAUUAUCACCCUGCACCCAAGUCCGAUUAUAGCGGGUAUUCCGCUAUGACAGUGUUUGAGGGUGUGCCCAGUGCGAAGUUGGAUGCGAACAAUCUCAAAUCGGUAGAGCAGAAGACGGCGGCGGUGAAGGAGCCAGAGCCCAUUUCGACUGUGGCGCCUAUCAAGAAGAAGAAGAAGAUUUUGGGAUGUUGUUAGAGAACUAUGGAUUUGUAGAGAUAGAGAAUAAACGUUUUGGAGCUAA